AUGAUACAAGUAUUCUUUGCAAUAUUCUUAACAAUUACAUUAGCAAACUAAGAAAUCUAAGACGAUCCUAUUAUUGGAAUUGAUUUAGGGACAACUUAUUCAAGUGUUUGCUUUUAAAAUAAUUAUAAUGUUGAAAUUAUAGCAAAUGAAAAGGGAUUUAAAACAACACCUACUGUUGUUGCUUUAUCAAACGAUGAAUUUAUAGUAGGAUAAGAUGCCUAAGAAUAAGCUAUUAUUAAUCCAAACAACACAUUUUAUGAUAUAAAAAGAUUGACUGGGAGAUAGUAAACUAUGAAUUUAUUUUAGAUAUUAUCAUCCGAAUGUGAGGAAGACAUAGAAAAAUUUGCUAUAUACUUUAACUGAAUAAAACAACAGGAUCUAUAUUGAAGUGCCUAAGUAUAAAGAUGAGAGUCCAAAGUUAUUUAGUAUUGAUUAGAUUCAAGCAAUUGUUUUAACUAAAUUAAAGAAUUAAGCUAGUUCUUACUUAGGUUAAACAAUUAAAAAUGUUGUAAUGACUGUUCCAAUAGGAUAUGAUGAUUCUUAAAAAUAAGCUACUAUAGAUAUUGCAAAAAUUGCUGGCUUAAAUGUUGUUUAAAUUAUAAGUGAACCCAAAGCUGCUGCAAUUGCAUAUAAAAAGGAUAUAGAAGAAAGAGAAAAGAUUAUUUUUGUAUUUGAUUUUGGAGGUGGUACUUUGGAUAUUACUGUUCUAAAAAUUAAAAAAAGCUAUAUUGAAGAUAUAAGUCAUGGAUCAGGGAACAAUUUAGGAGGAGAAGAUUUUGAUUUUAAUUUAGUUAAAUACUUUAUUGAACAAAUAAAAGAAUCUACUAACAUAGACAUAAUGGAUAAUAAAAAUGCAAUUUAAGCUUUAAAAAUAGAAGCUUAAAAAGCAAAAGAAAUUCUUUCUUCCUAGAAGAUUGCUUUUAUAAAAAUAAAAAACUUGAUUUAAGGAUAUGAUUUUAAUCACAGUAUUACAAGGGAAAAAUUUGAAGAUUUGAAUGAUAACUUAUUUGAAAGAACUUUAUUAACUAUAUAAUCAGCAUAUGAUGAAUCUAAUUUAUAAAAAGAUGAAAUUGCUGAAGUAAUUCUAGCAGGAGGAUCUAGUAGAAUUCCUAAAGUUUAAUAAAUAAUUGAAAACUUUUUUACUUACAGCAAGAUCAUUAAAGAUUAAAUAUCAGAUGAAUUAGUUUGCGUUGGAGCUGCUAUUUAUGCAAAUUAAUUAACCAAAAAAGGCUAAGAAAGUACAAAUCGAUUUGUAGAAAUCAGCAAGACUCCAAUAAGUUUUGGUCUUGAAGUUGAAGGAAGAUUGAUGAGUAUAAUUAUACCAAAGUUGUCUAAAUAUCCAUUAUCUUUGUCAAAAUUAUACACCACAGCUCAAGAUUAUUAAUCUAAAGUCCUAAUUUCCAUUUUUUAGGGCGAAAAUAAAUCUGUAAUAUAAAACACAUAAAUUGGAGAAUUUGAAUUAAUAGGUAUUUAAGUAGCUAAAAAAUGGAUACCUUAAAUUGAAGUUACAUUUUCAAUAGAUUUUAACGGAAUACUUAAGGUAACUGCUGUUGAUUUAGAAACAAAAAGAUCAAAUAAUUAAAUUAUAGCAAAAAAUUUGUUGAGACCUACAGAUGAAGAAAUUCAAAAACAAAUCAAAGAUAAUGAAGAUAUUGAAAAAGAAGAAAAAUUAAAAUCUAUCGAGAAUUUAAAAAUAUAUUAAAAUAUAUCUUUAAAAAACCUUUAAGUAUAAGAUUAAUAAAAUAAUUAGACUUCUAAAAUCAAGGAUCUAUUAAAUUAGAUUGAAUAUGACUUUAUGAUCUCACUUAUCACUUCUAGUACUCACUGGGUAACGAUGAAUGAACAUAAUACGAAUAUAAAAAAGGAAGGUUUUGAAAAAGAAUUGGAAAAUCUUAAGAAGUAAGAUAUAUUAAUUUAGUUAGUGAAAUUAAGAAAAGAAAAGUAGAUUUAUGA